UGGGAAUCAAACCUAGGACACCAAAGACAAUUUUGAAGAUCCUGGACCACUUGAGCUAACUUUUUACAUUUGUUCAAAAUAUUUAGAAGUUAAUAUAUGUACAUAAACACAAAAAAUAUACCUUAUAUAUAUACAAUAUAAUUUUUUUAUGGAGGUUGUACCGGUAAACACCCUAGGCACCCUAAAUCCGCCCCUGCAAAAAAAGUUGAAGUUCAACUGGCAAAUUGCUGAUUAGCUCCAAAACAAGCAUUCAAAUGUCCAGUCUUUCAACUGUCCGCCGUAUGCGAGGUAUCUUCGCCGGAAAUAACAAAAAAUCAGCAACCAAAACCCCCAAACCUACCCUUACCUCUUUAAACCUCACCAAUGACACACCCCAAGCAAUUGUAAAUUUCCUUAAGAAAUCAUCAAAAUGCCCUAGUUUCCGACGCUGGCGUCCCAAUUAUGAAAUUGCCAUUCACCGCCUUGCCAAAGCCAACCACUUCUCAGGCAUCGAAGAAGUUAUCGAGCAUUUAAAACACUACCCAGAAAUUCGCGACGAGUCCUUUGUCGCUGGGCUUAUUCGUCUUUACGGGAAAGCUAAGAUGUAUGAUCAUGCACGUAAACUGUUCGACGAAAUGCCUCAACUAGAUUGUCCCCCGCGGAGUGUCUAUUCCUUCAAUGCCCUUUUGACAUCAUGCAUUACAUCAGAGAGAUAUGAUAAAAUUGGCGGAUUGUUUCGUGAAUUGCCCGAGAAAUUGUCAAUUGAGCCAAAUUUAAUGUCGUAUAACCUUGCGAUGAAGGCGUUGUGCAAGGUUGGUUCUUUGGAUUCUGCAGUGCUUUUGAUGGAUGAGAUUGAAAAGCAUGGGAUUAAGCCUGAUAUUGUGACUUGUAAUACGUUGUUAAGCGCGUUUUAUGAAAGUGGGUUAUCUGAAGCUGAAAACUUGUGGAUUAUGAUGGAAAAGAAAAAUAUUGUUCCUGAUAUUUGCAGCCAUAAUAUUAGAUUAAGAGGCUCAAUUAAAGUCAAUGGGGUUUCAAAGGCGCUUCAGUUCUUCGAGGAGAUCAUUAACAAGGGUUUGAAGCCAAACAAAUUCAUUUACAAUACUAUGAUAAAAAUGUAUGUUGAUGAGGGGAAUUUGGACCAGGCUAAAAUGUGGAAAGCUAUUGAUUCACAAGUACUUGUUUAUAGAGCAAUAAUGCAGAGGGUUGUUGAUGGCUUAGUUGAGCACUCUAUGAUUGAAAAUGCAAAGGAGUUGGUUAAGUUGGCCAAGUCUUGUGAGAGAUUCCGGUAUCGGCUUUCUUUGCCUUUGCAUGACUAGUUGUUUCUCAUCCCUGUUUCCCUAUGAUUUAAUCUUUUGCUUGUUUACUUGAGCUUGUAUCAAGCUUGAUUUUGCCUUCAAGAUGAAGUUAGACAAGGUCUGAGGAAUGCUUGGAUGGACUAUAGAAACUUUAGUUUGGUGUGUAGGGGAAAGCUUUUUCAUUAAUAUAUUUCCCAAAUUUAUUACUACUAUUAUCUUAGACGAGAGCUAGAAAUUAAAAAUCUUGAACAGAUUUUCAAUUCUUAUAUUAACUAUAGGUUUACUAAUAUUGUACUUUAUUUUUGCCCUAAUUUGGUAACCAGUUAAUGUGGUC